AUUAUAAAAUUCACAAGUAUUUCGACUCAUAGAGGGAACAACAAGAAUAACUAGAUAAGCUCAAGAGAUCGAUAUUAAUGGCGGCACUCAGAUCACAGUUUCUUCAUAUGCUAUUGUUGAUUGCGCUUUUCUCUCCAUGUUGUUACGCCGUCCCAGCGACAAACUGCAGCACUACAUGCGAGUCCAUGGACUGCACAAAUGCACGUUUAAGGUAUGGGAAAUACUGUGGGAUAUUUUACACUGGAUGCCCCGGGGAAGCUCCGUGUGAUGGGAUUGACAAGUGCUGCAUGACUCAUGAUAACUGCGUGGGGGACAACUACAACUACUUGAGCAGGAGUUGCAACCAGGCUCUGCUUGACUGCAUCCGGGCUUACCAAAAUUCUGGAGAUGGGCAGUUCCCAGGCAAUACCUGCAACGUACGAGAUGUGGAGAACAGCAUUACAAUUGUCGCUGAAGCAGGUGUUUUGAUUGGAGAAGCUAUUGGAGACAAUAGUUGUAUUCAACAUGUAUCUAAUCUUCCUCCCAUCUGAUCAUCCUUUCUCCUCUACUCCCGGCCCAUAUUUAUAAUUCCUACUAUCAAAGCUUGCCAAGAAAUGGGAAAUAAGUUAUUUUAACUCAA